AUGUCAAUCCCAUCAACCCAGACCGUCGCCUGGAUUGAAGACCCAGGUCCGUCCGGAAAACUCACCAUCCGCUCUGGCGUCUCCAUCCAGGAACCAUCCCAAGAUGAGAUAUUAGUUAAGCUUGAAUGUUCAGGCAUAUGCCACUCCGACUGCAGAAAUGUAUACGGAAUGGGGAAUUACACCGACAUCCCUGGUCACGAGGGUGUUGGUGUGGUUGUGAAGCUUGGACCCAACGCGAAGCAGGACUUGAUGGGGAAAAGAGUAGGGAUAAAGUGGCUCUAUAGCUCGUGCAAGGAGUGUUCGGCCUGUAAGAAGGGUAACACCAACAACUGUGGAAAGCAGUCAAAUACGGGACGGACGACUCUAGGCACGCUACAACAGUAUGUUGUUGCGCACGCGGACUUCGUUUCGCUCAUCCCGGAGGGUGUGAAGAGCGAAGUCGCUGCACCGCUGCUAUGCGCUGGGCUGAGUCUUGCUGGUGCUGUUUCCAAACUGUCGCCUGAAGUGGUACCAGGCGACUUUGUGGUUAUCGUGGGUGCAGGUGGCGGUCUGGGUCACAUCGGCGUGCAGAUUGCGACUAUCAAGGGGUACAAAGUCAUUGCCAUUGACAGCGGAGCCGAGAAGAACAAGUUAGCCAAAGAGAUGGGUGCUGUGGCGUUUGUCGACUAUGCGAAGCAGGAUGUGGUACAAGCAGUCAAGGACUUGACGGAUGGCGAGGGUGCCCACGGCUUAAUUUGCGUGGCCGGCAGCGAAAGGGCAUACCUGCAAGCACCUGAACUCAUCCGCAACAACGGCGUCUUUGUCUGCGUUGGUCUGCCUCCAGACAGCUUCAUGUUCCCUAUGUCACCGAUUCAUAUUGCGAAUCGUGGCCUUGUCAUCAGAGGAUCGUCGACCGGCACGUCAGAACAGAUGGACGAGCUCUUGCAGCUUGCGAAGGAAGGAAAAAUAACGCCGAAGAUCGAGGUCUAUGGCUUCGAGGAAGCUCCGAAGAUCAUUCAAGAGCUCGACAAGUACGAAGUUACGGGAAGAAAAGUUGUGCGGGCACCUGCAUAA